CUGAGGCGUCCGGGUCCCCGCCCCACGGCUCCGGAGGCGGCUGUAGCGUCAGGUGACAGCCCGGAAGCUGCGGAAGCGGAUGAAGCAGAACCGUGGAGGCCCUGUGGGGCUUCGCCGAGGUGAGGGAGCUGUUCGGCGGCCCUCGAGCCCAUGGCGCGGCGCACAUGUGUCUCUCCGGCUGACAUCUGAAGGCAGCCGCUCUGGGCCGUGGGGCCCGACCUCGGCGGUUGGAGUCGCGGUGCGGGCCUGCGGCGGACGCCCAUGGAGAAGGCAGGGCGCGAGGGGGACGGCGCCCCCUGCGGGCCCGUCCUGCACAUCGUGGUGGUCGGCUUCCACCACAAGAAGGGCUGCCAGGUUGAAUUCUCUUACCCACCCCUGAUUCCAGGAGAUGGACAUGACAGUCAUGCUCUACCUGAAGAAUGGAAGUAUUUGCCUUUCCUUGCCUUACCAGACGGUGCACAUAACUAUCAGGAAGAUACUGUGUUUUUUCACUUGCCACCCAGAAAUGGAAACGGAGCCACCAUAUAUGGUAUCUCUUGCUACCGACAAAUUGAAGCCAAGGCAUUAAAAGUAAGGCAAGCUGACAUCACCAGAGAGACUGUUCAGAAAAGUGUCUGUGUUUUGAGCAAGCUGCCUCUUUAUGGCUUACUUCAAGCAAAACUUCAACUCAUUACACAUGCGUAUUUUGAAGAGAAGGAUUUUUCCCAAAUUUCUAUUCUAAAGGAGCUCUAUGAGCAUAUGAACAGUUCCUUAGGAGGGGCCUCAUUAGAAGGAUCACAGGUGUAUCUUGGUCUGUCUCCUCGAGAUCUUGUCCUUCAUUUUCGACACAAGGUCUUGAUCCUGUUCAAGCUAAUUCUUCUUGAAAAAAAGGUUCUUUUUUACAUUUCUCCAGUGAAUAGAUUGGUGGGUGCCCUAAUGACUGUGUUAUCCCUUUUUCCAGGCAUGAUUGAACAUGGCCUCAGUGACUGUUCUCAGUAUAGACCCCGAAAGAGUAUGUCUGAAGAUGUUGGGCUUCAGGAAAGUAAUAACCCUGCAGAUGAUUUUAUUUCUGAGUCCACCUCUGACAUUUCAAAUACCAGCUUGGGAACUGUCACAAAAGUCAUUUCAGGAAACCAUGGAGGAGACACUGUCCUCCAGUUGGAAAAGCCUUGUUUCCAAGUAGAAGAUAACAACAACAAAGAACAAGAACCCAGUGAUACUGGCCGCUAUCUGAAACUCCCACCUCGUCCAUCUCCAGAGUCUUCAGAAAGUGACUGGGAAACUUUGGAUCCUAGUGUUUUAGAGGACUCUAGCUUGAAAGAAAGGGAACAGAUGGGGUCAGACCAGACACACAUAUUUAAAAAAGACUCUAUGCCCUCAGACAGUCCUCCAAUUACUGUACAACCUCAAGCUAACACCAGGCAGGUGGUCCUGAUACCAGGACUCAUUUCUGGUUUGGAAGAGGACCAGUACGGCAUGCCUCUGGCCAUCUUUACAAAGGGAUAUCUGUGUUUGCCUUACAUGGCGUUGCAGCAGCAUCAUCUUCUCUCUGAUGUCACUGUCCGGGGAUUUGUGGCUGGAGCUACUAACAUCCUCUUUCGACAACAGAAGCACCUCAGUGAUGCCAUUGUGGAAGUAGAGGAAGCACUGAUCCAGAUCCACGAUCCAGAACUUAGGAAGCUGCUUAACCCAACCACAGCAGACCUAAGGUUCGCAGAUUACCUAGUGAGGCAUGUGACUGAGAACCGAGAUGAUGUCUUCCUGGAUGGCACAGGCUGGGAAGGAGGGGACGAAUGGAUCCGGGCCCAAUUUGCAGUCUAUAUCCAUGCUCUGCUGGCUGCUACACUGCAGUUAGAUAAUGAAAAGAUGUUAUCAGACUAUGGAACGACUUUUGUUGCUGCCUGGAAGAAUACUCACAACUACAGGGUAUGGAACAGCAAUAAGCACCCAGCACUUUCAGAGAUAAACCCAAACCAUCCUUUUCAAGGCCAAUACUCAGUGUCAGACAUGAAACUCAGAUUCUCACAUUCUGUUCAGAACAGUGAACGUGGCAAAAAAAUUGGCAAUGUCAUGGUUACAACUAGCCGGAAUGUGGUACAAACAGGAAAAGCUGUCGGCCAGUCAGUGGGAGGCGCUUUUUCCAGUGCAAAGACAGCUAUGUCUUCAUGGCUAUCUACUUUCACCACAUCUACCCCUCAGAGUCUUCCUGAGCCACCCAACGGGAAGCCCUGAGGCCAACAGCAGAAGUUGCUUUGUUCUCUAAGGUGUAAUGUUCCCUCCCCAUCUGUUGCUCCCAGGGUCUCCUCUAUCUAUGGGUCCAUACCCAUGGACCAAGAUAGCAAAGUGUUUACAUGGACAGUUGCACUCUGUCUAAAUGAAUGUUGCAGGAUGCUGAACACAUGAAUCACAACCAUAGCAGGACUAGAUUUCCAGGUUGGGGGUUAAAUUGACUACUUUUACUUCAUUCUGAGCCUAAUUAAUGUACACAAUUGAACCUUCUAGUGAAUUUUAAGUUCUGAAAUUGUACAUUUGUUUACGUAGAAAUUUUAAUAUGUAUAUUUUGUUCUAUUUUGCUGGUUAAAUAUUUAGAUGACCAUUGUAAUUUAUAUUGACUAAAAUUAAGUUAUAUUGCUAUCAUACUUUCUCUGAAGUUAGCCCUAAAGUGUACCUGUAAAGUACAGGGACUAUGCAUUCCGGCCUACAUUAACUCUGCUGUGGGAGUGGGGCAUGGAGGGAACCUUCUACCCCCAAACACAUUUGCCAGCUCAUUUCUUCCCAGAGCUGUGAAAGUCAAGAAGGGAAAGCUCUGAAGAUGAGUUGCCAUUUUAGAUGAAUUUCUUCCUGACAAAGUCGGUGUGAGGCAGCAGAGAUGCCACUGUGCUUCCCUCCUGCUGGCCGUGA